AUGCGACAUUGCCAACACGAAACUGUCUAGUGUUGACUACCAUUUCAUUUCCAAGCCACUAUGUGAUUCAUUUUGUAGAAAAAUUGACACCAUUAACAAUCCCAACUAAAAUGUUUUGCAGGAGACCAGCAAAUCUCAACACCCACGAAAGAAAAGAUAUUUCUUUUCGUAAGUUCGGCAGACAAGCCUGCGUACAGGCAUUGGCCAAUCAGAGUCGACCACAUCUUGUUUAAGUUAAGGUGUCAGUGGUUUGUGGUCUGCAAUGGCUCCCAUUAAAUCAUUUUCUUUUAUAGUGUUAAAUCUUUUCCUAUGUUUUCUUGCCGUUGAAUGUGGGAGAGACUUUUACUCCAUCUUAGGAGUACCACGCAGUGCUAAUCUUAACCAAAUUAAAAAAGCAUACAGAAGAUUAGCAAAGGAGCUUCAUCCUGAUAAAAAUACAGGAGACCCCGAUGCCUCUAGCAAGUUUCAAGAUUUGGGAGCUGCUUAUGAGGUACUCUCCGACCAAGAGAAAAGAGAGCAGUAUGAUCGAUGCGGAGAAGAAUGUUUGAAAAAGGAAGGUAUGAUGAAUCAUGGUGAUCCGUUUGCCAGUUUCUUCGGUGAUUUUGGUUUCCCCUUCGGAAAUCAACACGACCAGCAACAAGAAACACCGAAGGGGGCAAAUAUUGUUAUGGAUCUAUGGGUGACCCUAGAAGAAUUGUAUUCAGGAAACUUUGUAGAGAUAACUCGAAACAAACCUGUUAUGAAACCAGCAAAGGGGACACGAAAGUGUAAUUGUCGACAGGAGGUUGUGACGAAAUCUCUUGGACCUGGUCGUUUCCAAAUGAUGCAACAGACUGUUUGUGAUGAAUGUCCAAAUGUCAAGUUAGUUAAUGAGGAGAGAACCUUGGAAAUUGAGAUAGAGGCAGGCAUGGUUGAUGGUCAAGAAACUAAGUUUGUGGCUGAAGGAGAGCCUCAUGUUGAUGGAGAACCAGGAGACCUCAUUUUAAAAAUAAAAACACAAACUCACAAUAAAUUUGAGAGAAGAGGUGACGAUCUAUACACCAACAUGACAAUAUCUCUUGAAGAUGCAUUAGUGGGCUUCUCUACAGAGAUAGAGCACCUAGAUGGCCACAAAGUUACUGUUACUAGAGACAAGGUCACACCCCCUGGAACCAAAAUUCGUAAGAAGGGGGAAGGCAUGCCAAACUUUGAGAAUAACAAUUUACAUGGCGCCCUCAUUAUUUCCUUUGAUGUAGAAUUCCCAAAGAAUGCGUUUUCUCAAGAAGACCAAGAAGCGAUCAAGAAGCUACUUGGACAAGGCUCAAGCUUUAAAGUUUACAAUGGACUGCAAGGAUUUUAGGAAAAUAAAUUUGAUACAGUAAUUUUCAAUUAGAUGCCCUUGACCUGUUUCAAGAUAUGGGUCUGCAUUGUUUUUUUUUUUUAGUGGUCUCACACUGUGUGGUCAGACCAAGAAGUCAAAUUCUUUUGACAUAGUAGAUCAUACACUUUCAAGACAAAUAUACUUGUCUUUGAAGGGAUAUUGAAGGCUGUGAAAUAUCUUUUUAUGUAAUACAUUCAUGGAUUACUUAAU